UGAACACGUAUAUCAUACUCACAAAAGCAUUUUAUAUUCAACGCACUGUCCUAAUUAAGGGAAAUAAAUAACAGAUGGCAUAAGUGUAAAUAAAGCAGGGAAAAUAACUCAAGAAUAAUUAAGGUCAUAAUCUUCCAGCUUAUAAAAAGCAUCUCAUAGGACUCAAACCUUACCCAAAGUCAUUUCCUAUUGUAUCAUUCUCCUUCAAACAUAGUCAGAGAAAAACAGCAACUCUUGUCUGAAAAAAACUAGAGAGAAAGAGAGAGAGGAUAAAGAAUGGAUCAAACGGUACUAAGCUCUCAAGUGUACCCAUACACGAUCCAAACCCAAAGCGAGUGCAUCAUCGUGAACCAGAUGGAUGGAUCAUCAUCAGGCGACGGAUCAAAGCCAGUGAAACGGCGGAGGAAGAGGAGAAGCAAAGGGUCGUCAUCAGCCACCAACGAAGAUGACGUAAGGGCGAUGGAAAGGAUGUUUAGGAAGAGGAAGUUGACCGAUGAGCAAGUGAUUAUGCUAGAAUAUAGCUUCGAGAACGAGCAUAAGCUUGAGUCAGGGAGGAAAGAGAAGAUUGCGGGAGAGUUAGGCCUUGACCCGAGACAGGUGGCUGUAUGGUUCCAGAACCGCCGUGCAAGGUGGAAGAACAAGAAACUCGAGGAAGAGUACGCUAAACUCAAGAGCCAACACGACUCAGACGUCCUCGGCCAAUGUCAGCUCGAGUCUCAGGUGAUAAAACUGACAGAACAACUGAGUGAAGCUCAGAAUGAGAUACGAAAACUUUCAGAACGACUUGUUGUCCAAGAAACAUCAACAAACAGUUCAAGUUCAUCGUUUUCUGUUGAAGCCAAUGAUGCACCAACUGAUUUCGAAUUUUCACCGAUGGAUACUAUCAAUGACAACAUUCCAUUAUACAUGUUGGAUAAUAACUAUUAUUUACAAAACAUGGAGUAUUGGGAUGGUUUGUAUGUGCAAUUUUAACAGCUUAAGUAAUUUGAAGUCUUAAGGAUGAAAAACAUGUUGUAGAGGUAAUGUAGAAAUGGAUGUUGGCCACUGUUGUAAAUGUAAUGUUUUAAGUAUCUAUUUUAAUAUAUAUAUAUAAAAUGGUUAUUCUAGUUUCAUACAUAUAAAAAUCUGAUAUGCCUACUCCAAAGCAUGCAUAAUUUAACUUUCACUGUUACCAAAUUGGUCUUUAAAUCAAGCUGAAAACAGUAGGCAUUAUCUGGUGUGGGGGGCUCAGUUAUUACCGUGACAAAAGCAAAAGGAGGAGGAGUCAGCGAUAUGUGUGGCUUUUGAAGCUGGUGUAACAUAAGAGACGACGGCGGUGAUGUCAUCAAGCUUUCCUCCGUAAAACCUGUAGCCAGCCAGCCUCCUGAGCCACGUCUGCGAAAGGACUCUGCCGUUGUUUGGGGUCUAAUCCGGGCCUAACGGAAACAACUGUGAUCUCAUCGUUGUAGAGGUUAUCAUAGGCGACACCAUCCGUUCCCGCCACAAUCACAUUAAUCAUGAAUAGAAGCAGUGGAGGAGCCCUUUGGCUGUGGUUUGAGAAUGUGCUUUCUCUAACACCAUUAACGGGUCAACAGAAGAAUCCUUCUUAGCCUGUUCUCUAAUAGCCAGCCAGCCAGAAGACUACUCGACUUGACUUGACUUGUAGAAGAGAACCAGAAGCAGCAGACAUGAGGGCUCCUCCUCUCCUUCCGGAAUCAGAAAACAAUCUCCAGGGAGAAGAAGAAGCUCUUCUUACUUGUUGCAGCAAAAUGAGAGAGAGAGAGAGAGAGACCAGUUGAGAGGUUUAAUCUGGAUAGACAAAGUGGUGGUAGCUGACAUCUGAUUCUGAAUAAAAGAUAAACAUCUUCCACUACUUAUGAAAAAUACAGACACACUUUAAAUUCAAAGAGCUACAUAUUAACUGGCUUUUCAGUCUUGAGAGAGAGAUUUAGGUUUUAUUAGUUUACGAUUGAACAAGUGAAAGCCCCACUCCACUCCACUGCACCGCACCAAACUCCUACUCCUCCUCCUUCAUCUCCAGCCGCUAGCUCUCCUCAUUCCUUGGGUCUUUCGAGUUCAUAUUAUCUUAUGUGUGAUAUAGCUUUGAGAGGUCUUCCUAUUAAUGGCCUUCCAAUAUUUAUGUAACCCACCUACUAGCCAGCCAGCCACACUAGUCUUUCCAAAUUCACUUGUUUUUUUAAAUUUUGAUUUUGCACUGCAACUACUCAAAUGAUUAAGGGAUCUUUCUUAUUUCUACUGAGUACUAGCAAUAACCUCUACUAGUAUGUUAAUAUGCAGAUUGAUUUUACCAGAUAAAUAUCUUCUAGGUAGAUUUGUCUGUGUAUAUAUGUCAUGUCUUCUCUAAGUCUUGAAAACAAAAAAAAAAUAAUAAUAAUAAGAGAUACCAUGGAAUGGAUAACUCCUCCUACUAUGGAUGGACAUGGACCUACGAACGAUCAACAUUGUUUGGUCGAUUCUCCCAAUCAAAAUCACUGGUCAAGUCGAUUGGUACAUUUCAUUGGAUUAUCUGUUAUCUGUCCAAAAUUAGGAGUUUUCGAAAAAUUGUCUUUUUGGUAAAAAUAUCCCCACACCUAAAGUAAAAGUCAUUUACCUCAUCUCCUUAUUUUUCCCUCAUCAGUGCAAAAAAUCGAUCCCACCGUCGUUUUAGGACCAGCAAGCAAACAUCAUACAUUAAUAACAUAAACUUCAAUCCUCACCUCAUGAUGAUCCCCAAAAAAAUCGAAAAUUAACUGUUGUUGUUGUUUCUGCUAAGCUAUAAGCUUUAUGUACUUUAUGAUUAAAAUUCACACUGGGGGAACAACAACACUAGAGCUGCCUGCUGCUUUCACUAUUAAACAAAAAUACCAAAACAUAUACUCUUAUAAACUACACUCUUCUUCUACUCUCUCUUAGGAACUUGUUCUACCAAUGUCUUUGCCUGAAAACUCCCCCGCCGUCCCAAACAGAGCUGACAACCCUCCACCGGGGUUACUACUUCCAUUACCAACAGCUCUUCCCAAACCUAAAAAGUCAAGCGUUGUCUGUUUCGGACCAAACACGCAAGAGUUCCCCAACAUUAGCUCUUUCAGGCCCCCCGAUCCUCCUCCGCUGCUGCUACAAGGUAGUAGUCCCAGCCCAAGAUCGAGUUCCAUGGAUGACGACGAAGCACUCGAUAACGAGCCACCUGAGCCCGUGGAACCCAUUUGGGCAACUUUCUGGAGCAAUGCGGUUGCUGACAUCGCUGGCUGUGGUGGAGGAAGACUCAUAGGGGUUAGGAAGUGAGGUGGUGGAUCAUGUGCCAUGCGAACAAAGAAGGACAGAGAGAGAUGGGUUCCAUGGAGGAAGAUGGUGCGAAUAGACUUGUGGAAGAAGGAGGAGGAGGAGUUGAGGAUGCAUAUAAUAAACUAGGGGAAGCUGUAGAUGAUGCAAACAAGCUGUAGUUGUUGUGGUUACUACUAUGAUCAUUCGGAGCGACGGUGGAGCUGGAGGUUCUGGUCUCGUUGAAAGCCUUUGUUGCAGAUUUCGCACACGAAUCGGUUCUUUGCCAUCAGAGUUUUGGGUGACAAGGCUAUCACCUCCGCUUCUGGAUCUGUUGUUGGCUUGUUGCAACAAUAUGAGUAGUUUGGAAAAAAAAAAGAAAAAAGGGGUACAGUCAGUCAGUCUAUCAGCUUUUCGUUAUAAAAACAAACAAACCUUUUUUUUCCACCAAACCUUUUUUUUCUCAACUCUCUUCCCUAGAAAAGAUCAAAACCUCAUUGCCCGAGAAAUAUACUAAUUAUUUAACCCUCAACUCUCUCUCUAGUCUCUGUUUCAACGGCUGAGAUUCCACCGGAGUUUGAUCCACACCGAAGGCGGCUUCGCUUGUGAGACUUCUUCUUCUUCUUUUUUCGGGCUUCUUUUGUUUGUCCCAGACAAAGGAGCUUUCUUCAUCUUCUUCUUCUUUCUCUCUCUCGAUAGGGGACAAUUAUACUCUUUUCUGCCUUGAAAAUAUAUUUAUUUAUUUACCUACAAUUUCUUUUAUACUUGUGUCGGCUUUCCUUUUUUUUUAAUAUUAUGAGUUUUGGAUUCCCAUGUACAAUAUUUUAAUUAAUACAAAUUCUUUUAUC